AUGUCGCUUGAUCCCCAGGACGGAUUCGUCGCCGCCGAUGCUGCCGAUCCGGAGGGCGGCGAUCUGCCCAUUUUCACGAUCGAGCGGGUGCAGCUGCAGUUCUCCAUAGCCGCCGACUUUGCAGCUGCGCAGGUUGCCAACAAUGUCAUCAUCCUGGCCCUGUCCAAUGGCCGCAUUCUGCGCAUCGACCUGAACCGGCCCGAAGACAUCGACGACAUUGACCUCCCAAAGAAGCCGUCCGACAUUGGCAUUAUUCGCCGCAUGUUCCUCGAUCCCACGGCCUCGCAUCUCCUGAUUUGCACUUCGAGUCGCGAGAACUACUAUCUUCACUCUCAGUCUAAGCAGCCUAGGGCUUUGGCCAAACUGCGCGGCGUCUUGAUCGAGAGCGUAGCCUGGAACCCAUCCCUGCCAACCGCCUCCACGCGAGAGAUCCUCAUUGGCGCCUCAGACGGCAACAUCUAUGAGGCCUUUAUUGAAACGUCCAACGAGUUCUACAAGAGAGAAGUGAAGCAUCUGAAGAAUUUACACAAGGUCUCAGAUGGCCCUGUCACAGGCCUUUGGGUGGAUAAUCUACAUGGCAAGACCGAUUUGCGCAGAAUCAUGAUUGCUACGCCGAGCAGCUUGUCCCAUCUUGUUGGUCGGAUCAGUCAUGGCUACGACGGUAGUGGCUCUAUAUACACGAGGAUGUUUGAGACGGAACAGCCUGUCGUCCACGAGCUCUCAAGGGUAACUUCUGGGGCAAACUCCGCCUUCGUGGUCUCUCCUGAUCCUCCCGACACCAGCCCUCAUGAUGACGACGUUCCGGAUCGAGCAUUUGCUUGGCUUUCCUCUCAUGGCGUCUACCACGGAAAACUCCUAAGCUCACCAGCGGAUGCCACACUGGGCGCCAAGAUCUUUGCUGAGGCCAAGAUGCUCCCAAGAAGCCAGAUAGUCACACAAGGCUCAGGCAGCAAACGGAAACCGUCUACUGAGACGAUUGAUGCCAUUGCCCUCACUCAGUGGCAUAUUGUGAACCUGGUGGGCGGUCGCGUCAUCACUACUAACCGACUGACUGGGGAGAUGGUGUCGGAGCACGAUGUGCUUUCCGCCGGUCAAAAGCCGAUUGGGUUCUCGGUAGAUUCUCAGAAGAACACAUUUUGGCUGUUUACAUCCGAGGAGAUCUUUGAAAUCGUGGUGCGCGAUGAAGACAGGAAUAUCUGGAAGAUCAUGAUGGAGACGCAGCAGUUCGAACCAGCUCUUCAGCAAGCUCGCUCGCAAGUUCAGAAAGAAACGGUUUCCGCGGCAUUUGGGGACUAUCUCUCGAGCAAAGGCCACUGGAGCGAAGCAGCCAUGGUGUACGGCCGGAGCAACAAGCCCUUUGAGGAGAUUGCGCUCAAGCUCAUCGACAACAAUCAACCAGAUGCUCUGCGCACAUUUCUACUCACAAAGCUAGGCACAACCAAAAAGUCCGCUGUCAUGCAAAGAAUCAUGAUUGCGAGCUGGCUGGUAGAGAUCUUUAUGGCCAAGCUCAACUCCCUCGACGACGCAAUUAUCACCCAGACGGAGCUCUCGGAGAAACAGAACCCCGGAGAAUCGAGGCGAUUGAUACUCCUAGUGAAAAAGGAGUUUCAAGACUUUGUGAACAAGUACAAAAACGAUCUUGACCACAGGACAGUAUACGAUGUGAUCAGCAGCCAUGGCAGAGAAGACGAGCUGCUGUACUUUGCCAACGCGAUCAAUGAUUACAACUACGUCUUGUCAUACUGGGUACAGCGGGAGAGAUGGACCGAGGCGCUGAACGUCCUGAAGAAGCAGACAGACCCGGAAGUAUUUUAUAGGUACAGCUCUGUACUCAUGUCACAUGUUGCGCAAGACACCGUCGACAUCCUCAUGAGACAUUCCGAUCUGAACCCGCGACGGCUGAUUCCGGCCCUGCUCGAGUACCAUCGCGGGUUUUCUGGUGAAGCAACAGCCCAGAACCAGGCUAUAAGAUAUCUCAACUACGUCGUCUACCAACUCAAUUCAACCGAUGCAGCGGUUCACAACACGCUCGUGUCCAUUUACGCCUCACAUCCCUCCAAGGACGAGUCGGGGCUGCUCUCCUAUCUACAGGCACAGGGCGACGAGCCCCGAUAUGACGCCGACUUUGCUUUGCGGCAGUGUAUUCAUCACCACCGGACACUCUCGUGUGUUCACAUAUACACUAGCAUGGAGCAGUAUCUUCAAGCCGUCGACCUGGCCCUUUCUCACAACGAGGUCGAACUGGCUGCGGUCAUUGCUGACCGACCUAUGUCGAACCCUCAACUGCGCAAAAGACUCUGGCUGGCUGUUGCCAGGAGAGUCAUUUCUCAGUCUGACGGCAUCAAGACAGCAAUUGAGUUCUUGAAACGAUGCGACUUGCUCAGGAUCGAGGAUCUGAUCCCGUUCUUCCCUGAUUUUGUCGUCAUUGAUGAUUUCAAGGAGGAAAUUUGCGAGGCUCUGGAAGAGUAUAGCCGGAACAUUGACAACCUCAAGAAAGAAAUGGACGAAUCUUCACAGACAGCAGCGAACAUCAAGCUGGACAUUGCCGCGCUGGACCACAGAUACGCUAUCGUGGAACCAGGCGAGAAAUGCUAUGUUUGUGGGCUUCCCCUCUUGAGCAGACAGUUCUUCGUCUUUCCGUGCCAGCACUCCUUCCACUCGGACUGCAUGGGACGAAAGGUGCUGGAGCAAGCGGGGGUUGCCAAGUCGAACCGAAUUAAGGAGCUGCAAAUGCAGAUCCACAAGGGGCUCGUGAGUGGUCCGCAGCGAGAGGCCGUUGUUGCUGAGCUGGAUGCCUUGGUGGCGUCAGCAUGCAUUCUCUGCAGCGACUUUGCCAUCAAGAGGAUAGACGAACCUUUCAUCACACGGGAUGACAAUCCGGAUGAGUGGGCGUUAUGA